GUUCUAAUAGUGAUUCAAAAAUUAAAUUAAUAUGGCUUCCAAAUUAACUACAAUUGAUGCAAAUAAUCUUGACCACCAAAUCUAACAUUUGUACUAAUGUAAACCACUACCAGAAUAAGAAGUGAAAAUGAUAUGUGAAAAGGUAUUUUGUGCUCUAGAUGUUAUAUUAUAAUAGGCCAAAGAAAUUUUGAUUGAAGAAUCGAAUGUAUAACCAGUACGUGCACCAGUAAUAAUUUGUGGAGAUAUUCAUGGUCAAUUCCAUGAUUUAAUGGAACUAUUCAAAAUAGGUGGCAAAGCACCAGUAAUGAAGUGAUUUUAAUUUGAGGAUACUAAUUAUCUAUUUAUGGGAGAUUAUGUAGAUCGAGGUCAUCAUUCUGUUGAGUGUGUAACACUACUUGUAUUGUUGAAAGUAUUUAAUAUAAUAAUUAAAAUAGAUUCGUCAUAGAGACAGAAUUACCAUCCUUAGAGGUAACCAUGAAUCAAGACAAAUAACAUAAGUUUAUGGAUUUUAUGAUGAAUGUUCUCGUAAAUAUGGCAAUAGUAAUGUUUGGAAAUGUUUCACUGAGUUGUUUGAUUACUUGCCAUUGACAGCAGUUGUUGAAUCAUAAGUAUAUUACACUUAUUUAUCCAGUUUUUCUGUCUUCAUGGAGGUAUUUCACCUUCUAUUGAUACAUUGGAUCAUAUUCGUCAAUUAGAUAGAGUUUAAGAAGUACCACAUGAAGGUCCAAUGUGUGAUUUACUUUGGAGUGAUCCAGAUGAUAGAUCCGGAUGGGGUAUUUCUCCUAGAGGUGCAGGAUAUACAUUUGGAUAAGAUAUUUCAGAGUAAUUCAAUCACAAUAACAAAUUAAAAAUGAUUGCAAGAGCUCAUCAAUUAGUGAUGGAAGUAAGUUAUUUAAUUAAUGAAAAUAGGGUUACUCAUUGGCUCAUGACAGAAAUGUAGUAACAAUAUUUUCAGCUCCAAAUUAUUGUUAUAGAUGCGGUAAUUAAGCUGGUAUAAUGGAAGUUGAUGAGAAUUUACGUUAAACAUUGUAAAAUUAUGAUUUAAUGAAUAUAGCAUAUAAUUUGAUCCAGCUCCUAGAUCUGAAAAUGAAACGGUUCCAAAAAGAGUUCCAGAUUAUUUCUUAUGAUUCAUAAUAUAAGCAGCAAUAACAAU